AUGAAUUUUCGUGGCAUCUUCCUCGCUGCCAUCGCUGCAAUCGCUGCUACUGCAGCUCAGUCCAAGGCCAUUCCGUACGACUCGGUUCAGCCAUUUUCCCAACAAGUCCCUAACACCGACGCUCAAAAAGCUAUUCUCAAGUACAAACCGCAACUUAAAAUCGAGGAGGGAUGCCACCCGUACCCAGCAGUCCAGAAGGACGGUUCCAUUAGUAGCGGUCUUAAGUGGAGUGGUCCAGACAACAUUGGAUGCAAGGGCUCACCUUUGGGUUCUCAAGUCUAUGCUCGUGCAACGUGGUUGAAAGGCAAGUGGGCCGUAAUGUACGCUUGGUACUUCCCCAAGGGCCGAGCGCCAAUCCCGGCCCCACGCUCGUACGGACACCGCCAUGGCUGGGAGUACGCGGUCGUGUGGCUGGACAAAGCCAGCGCCAAUUCCACCCUUCUUGGCACUUCCAUGUCAGCAGCCAUCGGAUGGGCGAAGGAAUCCCCUACUCCAAAGGAAUACCUCGAUGGUAACAGUUUGAAGGUUGCGUACUACUUCAACGACGAUUCUAUCAACACCGCGGUCAAGUACACUCAGGACGCUGGUGAGUUCCAAGACCUCAUCAUCUGGGACCAGCUACCGGAUGUCGCUCGGAAUGCUCUGGUCAACACUGAUUGGGAUGAGACGCCUCUUAAUGUGGCUCGUGUCAAGAUGCCGAUGAAGGAUGGCGUGUUCAUGGAGAAGCUCAACGGUGCCUAUCCAUUUUAG